AUGGAAAAUGAAGAGGAUCUACACCUUAAGUUCACCUACAAGCGGUACAACUGUGAUGGCAUUGAUAUUUGGCUCCAGGCCAUUGACCCUGAGACGGGCGACUCGCUCGUCCACGUCAUUGUCCGUUCUGGGCGCAUCAGAGCUUUCGGGGCGUGCCAACUCCAUCCAACCUGCGGAAACGGGACGGCACGGUUUCAAGGCCACCGCGAGAGGCACAUCUUGUUCAUGCACCAGAACAGGGAGGGUGACAACGGGCUGCAUGUCGCCGCGCGGACAGGGGGGCUGCCGCUGGUGAGGGCAGUGCUGCGUGCCUUUGUGGGCAGGGACACGGACGACGGGGCGAACACCCCGGGGGAGUUUGACCGAAAUGAGCUGCCCGGGGACAACGGGCGAAUGUUCUCCUGGCAGGCGAAGAGGAUCCUGUUCAUGGAAGCGAGAAACAGGGCGGGAAAAACUGCCGCAGAUGAGGCUCGGCAUCAUGGACACAAGGAGGGGCUCACGGCUAAGGGAGGGUUUAUUGAGGAUGGCAAGACGGUGUCGGCUGAUACACCGUCUGCUGGACACGGCGACAGAGGAUGUGAGUUGGGUGGCGAGAUAUGGACGAUUGGAGAUCCGGGUGGUGUACUUGGCACCUCGAGUGGCCGAUCUGUGGAGGUUGAGGUUGACUGGUUUUCACUCAUCUCUCCUCCCAUCGCCAAUUCGGUGUCAUCUGCCCUUGUUGGUGGUGACAGUCUGUCAUAUCGCUCCGAGGGAGAGAGGGCAGCUGGCCACAGUAUCCUGAAGGACCUGAAAGAGCUGGCGGCACUCUUCGUACUGUUCGGCGAGAAGCUUUUCCAGAUGUUAAUCAUCCUAGGCCUAGUUUACAGCAUCCAACGCAGAGGCAAAUAA